AACAACAUUAUGGAGCCUCAAAGUCAGAAUUUGAAGACAGCACCAUUCUUGACUUUAGGAAGAUUUCACAUUUCUGAAGAUUAUGGCUUUCUUCUCCCAAAUCCUCUGAGAGAACUCCCUGGUCACUAUAGUCCUUGGAUGGAAAUUGCCAGCAGACUUCCCCAGCUGAUUGAGAGCCACCAGCUUCGAGCUCAAGUAAACGAGAUGCCGCUCUUGAACUGCCAGUUCCUCACAGGUUACCGAGAGUGGCGCCUGGCACACCUAGUCCUGAGCUUUAUCACCAUGGGGUAUGUCUGGCAGGACGGAGAGACACAGCCCAAAGAGAUUCUGCCAAGAAACCUUGCCCUGCCCUUUGUCGAGGUCUCCAAGAACCUGGGGCUCCCUCCUAUCCUUGUUCACUCGGACUUGGUGCUGGCCAACUGGGCUACUAGGAACCCAGGAGGACCCCUGGAAAUCAGGAACUUGGACACCAUUGUCUCAUUCCCUGGAGGAGAAAGCCUGUGUGGUUUUAUACUGGUGACAGUUUUGGUGGAGAAAGCAGCCGUGCCUGGGAUUAAGGCCCUGGUGCAGGCUGUGAAUGCCAUCUUGCAGCACAGCCCAGAUUCCUUGCUUCAAGCCCUGCAGCGACUGAGGGUCUCCAUCCAGGACAUCACCGGAGCUCUGGGACAAAUGCACGAUUACGUAAAUCCAGACGUAUUUUAUUCAGUCAUCCGGAUCUUCCUCUCUGGAUGGAAGGACAACCCAGCACUGCCUGUGGGCUUGGUAUACGAAGGUGUCUCCAAAGAGCCCCUGAGUUACUCUGGUGGAAGCGCUGCUCAGAGCACAAUACUCCAUGCCUUUGAUGAGUUCUUGGGUGUCCGUCACAGCAAGGAGAGUGCUGAUUUUCUGCACAGGAUGAGGGAUUACAUGCCUCCUUCCCACAGGGCCUUCGUAGAAGAAAUUCGCGGGGCUCCUUCCCUGAGGACCCACGUCCUGUCCUCUGGGAAUGGCCAGCUUCUGACGGCCUAUAACCAGUGUGUGGAGAGCCUGGCAGCCCUGCGCACCUACCACCUGGCCCUGGUGACCAAGUACCUCAUCACGGCCGCAUCCAAAGCAAAGGCCCGGAGGACCAGCCACCUCCCGAGGCCCCCUCAGGCCCUCGAGGAGAGGGGCACGGGGGGAUCGGCCGUCGUGAGCUUCCUGAAGAGCGUCAGGGACAAGACGCUGGAGGCCCUGCUCCACCCAAGCGGCUAA